AUGUCUUGGGAGCCUGUAACCCCAAAUCCUCCCUUCCAACCUCCUCGCUCGACCACCAGCAUUGGCGAUCUACUUUUCGAGCUCAAACAUGCUCAAAAGAUCGGAGGCAGGAGACCUACAACCCAAGGUAGCCUUCUCAACAAAAGGAUCAACGAUUUCCAAAAGAUCUUUUACACCCAGGAUGGCAUCCAUGGAAGAGACCUCUUCGAUCUCCAAGCUGAUGAGCAUCGUUCUGGCUUGAUGGAAAUGGCUCACAGCUUCUUACUACAACAAGGCUCCAUUUUCUGGCCUGCAGAUGCUAGGCACCACAAUUACAAGCCAGAUCUCGUUCUCGAUCGGGACAGAGAGGAUCCACCCUCGCACAGAUAUUUUACAAGAAAAAAUCUGCCCAGGUCCAAGAACAUUCCUUAUCGAGAGUCCGAUAUACAACCAACUCAACCACUCGUUUUCAAAGCAGAGCCUUCACAAGAUUUCGAAGUCAUUGAUACGAGCCAUCUGUCAACUCAGCCAGAGGCUGCCUCCGAAACAAAUACCGCUACGCACAUCGAAGUAUAUGGACAUGAGCUUAACAACCCCAGAUCUAAAUGCGACUCCUAUCCAAAUGUUGAUGUGAACCACGGUUCGACCGCCACGUGUCGCCCUUCGGUAGCACCAGGAGCAGAGGCCUCUUGCUCGAGGUCCUGGACCAUACGCUGGGCUGGAAACUUUGCAAUGAGCCUUUCUAUUACUAGAGACUCGAAUCCUCUCCAGUAUUGA